GCAACUUUUGACAUGUAGCCUUCCUUUGACUGCCGGCAAAAGGCAAAAGCCCGAGUUCGAGAGCUUGGCAGGCUAGGCUCUUUCUCUAUGUUAUAUGGUGCUUGAUAAAAGCGUAACGAUACAAAGCUUGCGAAUGGAUUGCUGCGGCCACUGCAAGAAAAUUAUGCGCAAGCCUGGAAUGGCCCAACCACAAGCUUCAGGCAUGCGUAAGUAUGACUGAGACAAGAGCGAUGUCGGUUGUGCUGGGAUGCACAGCGGAGCGCGUCAGCUUCGAAGACUUGAGCGAAAGGGUCGCAGCCCUACUCCAGCCCGCUGGGGACGUACCGCCGGAAAGGACCUGCGUGCAGCUCUCCACGCGCAGCGUGCCGUUAUGCGAGGAAGACGUGCGUGCGGUACAACCCCGAGCCUCACUGAGUGGACUCUACGAGCGUCUGGCCACAACCGUCGACAGCUGCAGCCGGCGGUCUCUGGUCUCUUCUCGCAGCACGCACGGCACGGUCCGUCAAGUGCUGACGUGGUCCAUCUCGGCGAUGGGCUGCUGCACAGAGCUGAUGAGGUACCUGGACCUGUCCGGCUUCAAGGAGGGCAUCCUGGAGUUUGACCGGGCCACCCGCGGCGUGCUGGACGAGCUGACGGGGGUGCUGCAGGACGUGGCGCAGCGGGGUCCGUACGCCGCCACGCCGCUGCUGCUGAUGGCGGUGCUGGUGGAGGGCGGGCUGGGGGGCACGCUGGCGGCGCUGCUGCAGGGCCGGAGCCUCGCUGAGCUUACGCGGCGCGGCGCCUUGUUCUAUCAGCUGCUGCAGCUGCUGCGGGUGGCGGCCCAGCUGCCCGACACGGCGCAGCUGCUGGCGCGGCCGGUCAGGCUGGGCUCUGUGCAAGCCAGUGUGCUGGGCUGCCUGACGUCGCUGGCGGAGGGCCCGGCUGCUCGGCUGCUGCUGGACUGUGACAAGCUCAUCAGCAGCUCGGCCUCGCUGGCCGCCGGCCGGGCCGAGGAGCAGCAGCUGCAGCAGCUGCAGGUCAAGAUGGCGCGCAAGGUCCGCGAGACGCAUGCGGCACUGGCGUCUGCAAUCGAGGCCGCUGCUGCUCGCGCGUCGGCCGCCGCCUCUGCCGCACUGCUCGUACCGCCCGAGGCGCAUCAACUGGAAUCGCUCAUUCGUGAGUUGCAGGCAGCGCGCGUGAGCGGCAGGGCUGGAGGCGGAAAUGAUGGUGCCUGGGCUCCCAGCGAGGGUCUCAGGAGCGGCAGCAACACGUACGACAGCCGUACCGCUACCGCCGCCACUGCGCCAAGUACGGCUGCUGGCGACAGCUACGGGUACCAAGAAGUCAGCACAAGCAGUACCACGGACAGGAACAAUGCAGCGGCGGGCAGGCAGUACAUGUACAGUAGCAGAAGCAGCUUGGAGCAUGCGCCCGCACAGCCGGCCUCCCCGGAGCACAUGUAUGGUCUUACUUCGCCGUCGCUUCUUGCAGCCGCAUCCCAGCGGCACGCCUCGUCGCGCCCUGGGCCCGCAGCCCCGGCAUCAUCAAGCGGCUUGGACUACUGGGAGGGUGCCGGGCCGGACCCGUCGGCAUCGGCGUCUGCGUCUGCGGCUUCGGCGGGCACGGCGGCGGUCGAUGAAGCCGUGCAUGCGCUGCGUAUGCACCGCGAGAUGCAGCGCCUGCAGGCCGUCCAGGAGGCUGCGGCGGCUGCAAGGACACCGGGGGCAGGUGGUGGCGGCACGGUGCUGGGAGUGUCAGGCGUCGGGUUCGCCCGGGAGGUGUGGGGCCACCGGAGCCAGCAGCAGCUGGCACCAGCACCCUACGGCGGCGAACCCCUGGCCAGCUCUACCUCCACCCUCACGUACCCGUGGCAACGCGAGUACGUGGAGCUGUACGGUGGCAGUUGCGCCACUGCCGGCGGCAGGACCAGCAACGGCAGCAGGCAGCAACCCGCAGAGUCAGUGGCUAUCCCGCAAACGGUACCAGCCUCUCCGGAAAAAACGCGCCCUGCAGCACAGUACCAGGCGUCGCCCUCUUUGAACUCCGCAGCCUAUGACUGGGGCGGCCGCAGUGCGGGGCUUUACGCUGCGGGUGACCCGCCUGCUACUGCUUAUGCUGCUGCUCCAGUCGCUGCGGCCACCGGCCAGCACUUGGGUGGCUACAGUACCCUUGCUGGCAGCAGCAGUGGCGAUGGCGCUGGCACCGUAAAUGGCGACUAUGCCGCUGUCCGGGCUCGACUGGUGGCGCAUAGCAGCGGCAGCAGUGUCUCUUACGGCAGUGGCAUCGGCAGCGGGUAUGCAGGCCCAGGUAGCAGUAGCACUGCACCGGCUGUAGCACCAGCUGCGGUGGCGACGGUUACGUCAGGUGGCCGCUCGGGUAGUACGGUUCGGCUACGGAUGCAGGAUGCGCCACCAUCCACCACUGCUGCACCAACCAGCUUGCUGUCUGGUGCGGCUGGCGGUGGGACCGACCUGCCGCAACCUCGCAGCAGGCGGAACCACUACAGCGACAUCCUGGAGACGGCUGGUCGGACAAGCUCGCGAGCACGGACAAACGGCCCGACUGGCAACUACAGUGCCGCCGCACCGCAGCCCGCGCGCACUCGAGAUCUGAGCAGCAGCGUCAGUUGGCGCGAGCUAGAGGCUGAGGCUCGCGAACCCGCAGCCCCCGAAGCAGCGGCACACGCGGCAGCGACCUGGCCCCGCGGAGCGACGAGCGUCAGCGCCGUCCAUGCGACCAGCACCAGCAGAGUACGAACAGUGACACAGUCAGCGCAGGAGGCGCCGUCGCCAUUCGCUUAUGACCUGCCGUCGCUCCAGCAGCAAAAGCCAGCCAGCCGCACAUACGACAGCCGCAGCGCCGUGCCCACUGCCCCAGAUGCAGCUGACUCGGCCGCGCGGGUACAGGCCCGCUUUGCUGGCCCGGCCGCCACCAACCGCGACGACAACGUCUCCCCAGCACCCCCACACGCCAGCCGUGCAUAUCCCAGGGGGCGCGGUGGUGGCGAUACGGGCACCCGUAGCAACGGCGCCGAGCCGGCCGGCGCCGCCGCCCCGGCAGCCUCCCCCAGCCUCAGCCCCAGCCCCAGCCCCCACCGGCACGGCCAUGUCAGCUCCCAGCAGCUGGUGGCGGACACGGACCGAGCCCUAGAGCUGUACGACGAGGCGCAGCUGCAGCGAGCCAUCCAGCUCAGCAAGCAGGAGGCGGCGCGGGCAGCGCUGGCGGCAGCCGGCAUGACCGGGUUGACGGACAGCAGCAGCAGACACAGGGACGGGGACAAGGAUGGAGGCGGGGAUAGCCUGGGACCCAGCCAUAGCCCUAGACCAAGCAGCCGCUUGCGUAGCAGCAGUCCCCUGCUGGAGCACCUGCCGCGCAUCGGUGGUGCAACCACGCCGAGGAGAGUGGCGGUCGCGGCAGCCAUGGGCAGUAAAGCUGCUCUUCAGGAUGACGAGGUGGGGCGCCCAGGCAGUGUUGCGACGCCCUCACGGAGGCGGCUUGGCAAUCAGGAGGCAGGGGCAGCGGCAUCGGUGAGUCCGCGGAGCACGGAGGUGCAGGCACCGCCUGCAUCCCAGGCGGCGGCAACUGAGGAGCCUGGCAGUAGUAACAGCAGCAGCGGAAUGCUGGUCAGCGCGCUCGCGCCGCUCACGGCACUGCAUCAAAGGUACGCGGACUUGCUGCCGCUGCUGUGCGCCAAGCUUGUGUCCUUGGAGGACGACUUCCCCAUCACGCGGCGUGUGGCGGGCGACGGCAACUGCUUCUACCGCGCGGCGCUGUUCGGGCUGCUGGAGCACGUGCUGGCGGCGCCAGACCCGCAGCUGGCGGAGCGGCUGGACUUGGUGGUGUCGCGGCACCUGGCGCGACUGGACGAGCCGCAGUUCCAGCAGCAACCCCCGCCCACCAGCCCGGCCGCAAACGACGGCCGUGGCGCCGGCAUGAGCCCGCUGAGGCUGACGCCAGCGCGUGGCGACCCGGCCUUUGCCCCCAUGCAUGCUUCGCCGGGCCAGCCUGCUGCGGCUGCGGCUGCGGCCGGCGCGCAGGUGCCCCCACGGGACGACCCUGCGGCCUACCGCGGCGGCCAGCGGCUGCUACGCCUUUUGCGCACCGCCUGGUUCAAGUGCCCCGACGCGCCGCGGCCGUCCGACGUGUCCAGCCUGGAGCGCCUCUUUAACAGCGUCGAGCAGAGCGGUGAGGUGAUCCGCUUCGCACGCAGCCUGACGGCGCGGGAGCUGAUGGCGGCGGAGGAGUUCUACACUCCCUUCAUUCCCGGCUGCGGAGGGGACUACACGGGCCUGACUCUGCGCCAGAUCUGUGAGCGGCACGUGCUGCCCAUGGGCGUGGAGGUUGAGCAGCUGCAGAUCAUCGCGGCCUGCACGGCGCUGGGUGUGACGCUGGCGGUGCUGGACGUGGCGGGCAGUGCGGUGGGAGCCAUCAAGCACGGCCCCGCGGCGCAGCAGCAUGGCCCGCCGGUGGCCUGGGUGGCGCACCUGCCCGGCCAUUACGACGUUAUCUACCCCGCACGGCCGUUGGACGUGGCGCCGGGGGGGCAACUAGUGGCGGCAAUUAUAUAAAGCGAGGCGAGUAUGUAACUGUGCCUCGCGUGGAGGACGUCAGUAUGGUGCGAAGUGGUAUGAGGGCCCAGGUGUGUAAGGGUGCUCUCGCCCCCACCCCCGUUGUCAAAGCACAGGCCACGCUCUUCUCCUUGCUCUUUUGCAUUGGGUUCGCUUCAGUUUGGGCUGGUAUCUACACCUUCCCCCCUCCUGCUCUCGCCACUUCAUUUGGAAUACGGGCAGGCUGCGGUUACCGUGUGCCGUGCCUGGUUCAGGGAAUGGCCCACAGCUGUAACCAUUCGAUGCUAUAAGACUGCAGACUUGCGACAUGGAUGCAGCGGCAGCAGACGGUAUGGCAGGUUUGCGAGUGACAUUGGGAGUCUUUGGCGCCAGCCCCAGUGCACGGGCUGAAAACCGCCUUGAGACCCGCACUGCAUUGCGGGCCCACAUUUGCAAUGGUGACGGCACUGGCAUUUUGUCGAUGGCGUGUAAGCUUCAGGCGGCGGCCACGUCCACGCGUGACAGUGACGACUCCGGCAGCUUCUCCUUCGGUUGGCAUUAAGCUCUGUGCUUCAAGCUGUGUGCGCCCGCCGUGUAUCGUUGCUGUUGUGGCCGCAAAGCACUACCGUACGCCGGGCCCAGCAGGGGGGAGCCGUUAGCAGAGCGGCGAGCGGGCGGCGGUGGCAGGAGUGGCAGAUAAGGGACUCCCUUGAUGGCGGAGUUUUGAGGUGUUACUUUGCGACGGAUAGAUGAGGCCGUGGUUGGAAAUGCUGUAGCAACUUUGGCGGGGCCAGGCGUGGCGGCAGAGGCUAGGACAGGGGCGACGGCAGGGACUAGGGCUGCAGUGUGGACGGCUGCCCACACCUGACAAUGAACCCGACGGCCUGGCAGGCUUUGUCAGCAGGGGACCUCUUGCACGGCCGUCGCUGCACCGCAAGAAGCUUUCUGCCCUGAUCAAAGCUGCAGGCUGCACAGCUGGCAUGGGCGGGUUGUGGGUGGCAAUGGGUCAGGCCAGUCCCAUUUAACAGCAUUGCGAAAGUGCGCAUGGCAGCGCUGCUGGGUGCGCACCCGUAGGAGGGUCCCGCGGACACCCCCUCUCAGCACCCAAUACUGGAUGCCUGUCCCGAUGGUUGUGUUGCUCGCUGUAGACUGAUGUACCUGAGAGACACAGGAGAUGGCUGAGCGACCGCGCUGAGCGACUGUGGACCCGCUAUCGUUGAGGGAAACGGUUCACGACUGGGGCGGAUAAAUAGCGUUUCUCGCCUCGAGAAACAGAGUUCUCCGACGAUGGAGCGAGAAGUACGGCAACUGUCAU